AUGUUGGAUGACAUCCAUAACCACUGGAAGAAGGCUGAAGCUGUGAGAAUUAAGUGCUUGGGUGUGCCAACCCUCGACAUGGACAAUGUUUGCUUCCACCUUGAGGACAAGUCAUAUGGGAAAGUUAUCUACUGCAACAUUAAUAUAUUGCUUCUGUACAGAGGACGGAAUUAUGAUCCCAAGAACCGUCCAGUUAUUCCUCUCAUGCUGUGGAAGCCUUAUGCACCAAUAUAUCCUAAGCUUGUGAAGAAUGUAAACGAGGCUAGAAAUGGUGUGUAUGUGAAUGUGGUGGAGAGGUUGAGGGAGACUCUUAAGACUCAGGAGGUUGUUAGACUGGACUGUACCCAUGUGGGAAACAGUGACUGCAAAAAGAUUGGAGUAAAGCUAAGGGAUUUAGUGCCAUGUGUUCCUAUCUUGUUUAAGGAUGAGCAGAUAAUCCUCUGGAGAGGAAAGUUGAAUGAAGAGCACCCUUCAGAUUCACAUGUCAGCAACAAAAUUGCUGCUAAAAAACCAGCUAAUGGAAAGAAUAAUGAAAUUCAGGCACCAGAAUGA